AUUUGAAGUCCAGAAUACGAGAGAAGUGAAAUCCUAAGGUGAAAUCAUGCAAAAUAAUAAGCCGACUCGGAAGAAAAGUCAACCUGGUCCAUCCUCAUCAGAUGUAAAAUUACCUAAAAUACCUAGAAUUAGAAUGCCCGAAGACUUUAAAAUACGAACGCAACCGCUGUUUUCGCUUCCGGAAGAAGUGUUAAAAUUGCCCCCGGCACGGUCGAAAGCUGCAAAAAUUCAAGCAUCAAAAGCAGGACCUAGAAAAAGAUCUAGCGUAAUGCAAAGCUUCACAGCCAUGAGAAAAGCUCGAGAAGAGUUUAGAGCGAAAUUGAUGAACUUAAUCUGCCAAUCGUCGCCCGGGGAAGAUGGUGAUUCUAUCCCCUCUGCUGAGGAGAAGAACAUGUUACGAUACUAUUAUUAUGUGAGAUAUGGAAUUGACACCAUACACGUUGCACCGCUUGAUAAUAAAAUUAUUUUACGGGUUCAUAAUUUAAUACCAGCAAAACUUAAAAGAUGGAAGGAAACUCUUUUUACAUGCACAGAUGAAAUGAGAGAGGACUUCAUGAUGAGCAUGAAAAAAGCCAUCGUGGACUUCGUUCUGAAGGAUCCUAAUACGGAAGAGUCUUUGGAAGAAGAAGAUACACCCCUAAAACAAGAGCUAGCAAAAAAAGAUGAUGCGUGGAGGAACCGCUAUGUGGUCGCCAAGAAGUAUGUGAACAAAAACCUGCACAGUGUGAACCCUUGUAUUGCACAGGUCUUGCAAAUAUGGUGGAAGCAGUUCAACGACCUCCGUCUCAUAAGCAUGAAGGACAUAAUGACGACGCACGAGGCGUACGAGCUGCAGGACUUCUGCUUUGUGUGCAAGCGGCAUAUAGACGCCGCCGGAAAUGUGCUAACACUGCAGUGGAUACCCACUAUACAAGCUGUGUUUUUGCAGGGUAGCAAAAAGAGACAAAUCCCUGAACCUAAACAGGUGUCUAAGAUGAAGCAUUUCUACAACUGCCUUGCUUGCAUUAUGACUUACAAUUUGCAAACACUCUGUCUCAAGUCUAUGAAAGAGUUUACCGAUUACGUCAUGGAUGUUGGGGGCAUGAAUCAGGGAUUCGUUGUUAAUUUAGCAUUUCAAGAUGAUGCCAUACAAUUUGAGCCUUCCUUUAAGCAAUUUAGAGAUCAGCUUUGUCUUUUGUACGAUUUCAUAAUAGACGCUUGUCGGCAGUCCCCUCGCUUGGAAACUCUGUUGUAUCAGGAUUACGUGAUUACAAGUAGGGUUACAUUACGGCCAGUCAUAGAUAAUGAUUUAGUUGAAGAUUACAAAAGGAAGAUAGCGGAUUUAAUUAAUGAGCAGAGAAUAGGCCCUGAAUUGCGUGUUCAGGAUUUUGAUGAUUACGUUUGCUUACUUAAUGGGGAGUCAGCAGCAAAAGUAGAGAGCUUCAUAAAAUCGAUACCCGAGAAAACUUUUGAAGAAUACUGCGAAGAAGCGGUGAAAUUUGUUAACUUGGCGCGGGAAAUACCAUCCAAGUUGGAAGGCACGAUCACAAUCGGCAUGUUUCGUAUGCAGAGAGGGGAUUUGAUCACUUCGCUGAAGGGAGCUGCUACAAGAUUAGCUAAUACUCUGCUGAGGAGAAUGACGGAGGAUUACCAGAAUAUGAUAAGAUCCAUAUACGACGAGUACUCCACCAUAGCCACAACCUUGCUAACUCCACCACCAGAUACAGCCGCUCUUAUGGACCUUAUAGCCUAUUGUAAGAAAGUAGAGGACAUUCUGUUAGACGAAAUGGAAGACAAAUUGAGGAAUGUGCUGCGGUAUAUUAUCUUCCUCGGGGACUAUACUACGUUCACACCGUUGGAGAUGAAGGCGAAUAAUCAGACUUUCCAUUGGUAUGGAAGAAUGCCAGGAGUAACGGAGGAAUGUAAAGUGAUAUGCGACCAAAAGAAGAUAGAAUAUCAAGAGCUAUUAAAAGUCCGCAUCGCCAAGUUUAUCGAAGAUCUCGAUAUAUUCGAGGAGCAAUGCAACGAGCUGCAAUAUUGGGGCGAUAUCAACGAAUUGCCAAAAUACGUUACCCGUGCGCGGCGUCUUGAUGAAAAGUUAGCUAAUGCAUUGGUAAAGAUCGAUCAGUUCAACGAGGAAGAGACAUCAUUUGGCUGGGAAGUGUCGCAGUACCCCAAGAGAAAAGCUGUAUACGAUAGACUUGUGCCCUUCAAGAAAUUGUUCGACGCUGGCUAUGAUUUCCUUGAAAAGUAUAAUAAUUGGAUGAAGUCCAGGGUGGGUAGCUACGACCCAGAAGAUAUUGAAGGCGAUGUUGGUUAUUACUAUAAAAUUGUGUACAAAUUGGAAAAGUCUUUCCAAGAAAGUCCUGCUACGUUUCAACUUGCUCAAUCAGUUCGGCAGAAAAUGGAAGAUUUCAAGACUCACAUGCCCAUAAUAAAUACCCUCGGUAAUCCGGGUAUGAAACCUCGCCAUUGGGAGAAAGUAUCAGAAAUUGUUGGCUUUCCUAUCGUUGUUGAUGAAGAGUUGUCACUAGAGAAAGUGAUUGAUUUCAAUCUAGUGGAUUAUAUUGAGAAGUUUGAGAGCAUUUCUGAAGCAGCUACUAAAGAAAAUAACCUGGAGAAAGCUUUGGAUAAGAUGAUGAAGGAAUGGGCGGACCUUAAAUUCGACAUCCUGCCUUAUAAGGAUACUGGAACUUAUAUUCUGUCGAGUGUUGACGAAAUACAGCUUUUGUUAGAUGACCAUAUUGUCAAAACGCAGACGAUGAAAAACUCGCCGUAUAUAAAACCAUUUGAAGAGACUAUUAUUGACUGGGAAGGCAAGUUAGUGUUACUUCAGGAGAUAUUGGACGAAUGGCUCAAAGUUCAAGCUACGUGGAUGUACUUGGAGCCUAUAUUCUCCUCCCCUGAUAUUCAGCAGCAAAUUCCUGAGGAGGGAAGAAGAUUCAGUGCUGUUGAUAAGAUGUGGCGUGAAAUUAUGAAAGCAGCUUUCACGGAACCGCGUGUACUUGACGUUAUAACCAUCGAGAAAAUGUUGGACAGACUCAAGAAAUCCAAUAAUCUCUUGGAGAUGGUCCAACGUGGUCUCAACGCGUAUCUCGAGAAGAAGCGCUUGUACUUCCCGAGAUUCUUCUUCUUAUCUAACGAUGAGCUGCUGGAAAUUCUGUCAGAAACAAAAGAUCCUAUGCGCGUCCAACCGCACCUCAAGAAGUGUUUCGAGGGCAUAGCGAAACUAUCGUUCACCGAAGACAUGGUGGUGACUCACAUGCGUUCUUCCGAGGGAGAGAUUGUGGAGCUCACUAUUACUAUCAAUACCGCUGCGGCUAGGGGACAAGUGGAGAAAUGGUUGUUAGAGCUGGAGAUAGCAAUGAAAUCGUCUGUACAUCACGUAGUGGCGUUAUCGUACGAUGAUUACUUGAAACGGCCAAGGGAGAAUUGGGUGUUGAUCUGGCCCGGACAGGCUGUACAAUGCAUAGCGAUGACGUUCUGGACGUCCGAAGUAACGGAAGCUAUCCACAUCAGUAUACCGGCCAUGAGGGCUUAUUGGGAUAAGUGUAACUACCAGAUUUCCAAGAUUGUCGACUUGGUCCGAGGCGAACUGAGUUUGCAGAACAGGAUAACAUUGGGUGCUUUAGUAGUAUUGGAUGUGCAUGCUAGAGAUGUGUUAAUGGAGCUCAUUGAAUUCAACGUGCAAACUGAUAAUGACUUUAAUUGGCUCUCUCAAAUUAGGUAUUACUGGGAGGAACAAGAAGAAGACCUAAGUUGGCAGAUAGCAACAAGAAUGAUAAACUCUCAACUAAUGUAUGGUUAUGAAUAUCUCGGUAAUACAGGACGAUUAGUGGUGACUCCGCUCACCGAUCGGUGCUUUAGGACUUUGUUUGGAGCCUUGCAUCUUAAUCUUGGUGGAGCACCAGAAGGACCAGCUGGGACUGGAAAAACAGAAACCACAAAAGAUUUGGCUAAAGCAGUCGCUAAACAAUGUGUUGUAUUCAACUGUUCAGAUGGUUUGGAUUAUAUUGCGCUUGGGAAAUUCUUCAAGGGUCUAGCUUCAUGCGGCGCUUGGUCUUGCUUCGACGAGUUCAACCGCAUCGAUCUCGAAGUGCUAUCAGUAGUGGCUCAGCAGAUCCUGUCCAUACAACGCGGAAUUAACUCGGGAGCCACUGAACUGUUGUUUGAAGGGACCUUGCUGCACCUGGACAAGAGCUGUGCAGUGUUUAUUACGAUGAACCCUGGGUAUGCAGGAAGAUCGGAGCUGCCGGAUAACUUAAAGGCGCUAUUCCGCUCAGUGGCCAUGAUGGUGCCGGAUUAUGUGUUAAUAUCUGAAAUCGAACUUUACGCCUUUGGCUAUUUGAACGCUAAGCCCCUCGCUGUGAAAAUCGUCGCUACGUACCGGCUGUGCUCUGAACAAUUAUCCUCGCAGAGUCAUUACGAUUAUGGAAUGCGUGCGGUAAAAUCAGUGCUUAGAGCUGCCGGUGCUUUGAAGCUGAGAUACCCAGAUGAAGAUGAAGAUGUUAUCCUGUUACGGUCAAUUAAGGACGUCAAUUUGCCCAAGUUCUUGGAACAUGAUGUACCCCUGUUUAUGGGUAUUAUCGGUGACCUGUUCCCCGGCUUGCCACUACCACAAGCUGGUCUGCCGCACCUCGUAGCGUGUUUACGCGAAGUUUGCGGACCGCUCAACUUGCAGGCUAAUGACUUCUUUGUGGAGAAGGUACUGCAACUAUACGAGAUGAUACUUGUUCGCCACGGGCUGAUGUUGGUGGGACUUCCGUUCUCGGGAAAAACAAAAUGCUACCACGCGCUCGGACAUGCAUUGGCUUUAGUGUCUGAAAAGGGUCUAAUGGACGAGAACGCAGUGGAAUGGACAGUAAUAAACCCCAAGUCGAUAACCAUGGGCCAGUUGUACGGGCAGUUCGACCCGGUAUCGCACGAGUGGUCGGACGGGAUUCUGGCCGUUAGCUAUCGCGCUUUUGCUGUCUCUACUAAUAAUAAUAGAAAAUGGUUAGUCUUCGACGGUCCAGUGGACGCGAUUUGGAUCGAGAACUUGAACACAGUGCUGGAUGACAACAAGAAGUUGUGCCUCAUGAGCGGCGAGAUCAUCCAGCUGGCGCCUACCACCAACCUGAUGUUCGAGCCGAUGGACUUGGAAGCGGCCUCGCCGGCUACGGUGUCCCGCUGCGGCAUGAUAUACAUGGAGCCCAAAGGUCUGGGCUGGAAGUGCCUGCUGGAGUCGUGGCUGAACACGCUCCCGCGCGCUCUGCACGGCUUCAGCCGCAACGUGGUGCGCGCGCUCUUCACGCGCUUCCUCUCGCCGCUGCUCUGGCUCGUCGAGUACUCGGGGCUGGUGAAGCAAAUGUACGUGACAUCUCGGUCGAAUUUAGUGGUGGCGUGUAUGAAUUUAUUCGACACAUUUAUGGACGACUUCAACGAUGACAAAUAUAUGGAGCAGAUCUCAGAUCUCGACGUGCGAGCUCAACUCGAGGGUGUCUUUUUCUUCUCGUGUAUUUGGUCAAUUGGAGCCACUUUGGAAGCAAACAGUCGUCCAAAGUUUGAUAUGAUGUUCCGCGGAUUGCUCGAAAAGGAAUUUCCUGAAAAGGUCAUAGAAGCGUUGAAUUAUCCCCGAGAGAUCCCGAAACCGGAGAAGCAGUACAUAUUCUCUUUGCCAAAAGAAGGACUUGUAUAUGAUUAUCGUUUCAUAAAAGAGGGUAAAGGAAAAUGGAAGCCCUGGCAAGAUGACGUGGUUUCCGCACCUCCCAUUAGCAGGGACACCCCACCUAACCAGAUCCUGGUGACAACCCUGGACAGUGUGAGAUACUUGGCGCUGUUCAAGUUGCUGGUCACUCAUCAUAAAGCAGUGAUGAUGGUUGGACCCACUGGGACGGGGAAGUCUUCGUAUAUUAUUGAUUUUCUUGUGAAAAGAGUGGACACCAGAGUGUACAAAGCUCUAAUAAUGGCAUUUUCCGCUCAAACCAAUUGCAACCAAACCCAAGAUAUAAUCAUGGGAAAACUGGACAAGAGAAGAAAAGGCGUGUUCGGUCCCCCGAUCGGUUGCCACUGCGUGGUGUUCGUGGACGACGUGAGCAUGCCGCAAGCGGAGACGUACGGCGCGCAGCCGCCCAUCGAGGUGCUGCGGCAGGGCAUCGACCUCGGCCUGUGGUACGACCGCAAGACCAACGUCGCGAUGCACCUUAUUGACGUGCAGUUUAUGUGUGCAAUGGGUAAGCCGACGCCCGGCGCGAAGUUGGUGACGCCGCGGUUCUCGCGACACUUUUCGUUCUUCUGCAUCGACGAGUUUGACGACGAAACUCUGCAAGUUAUAUUCGGCAGGAUUAUGUUGUGGCAUCUUGACACUAGGGGUUUCUCCAAAGAAUUCGACCCGUGCAUCGACGAGCUAGUGGCCGGCACACUGGAAGUGUACAAGCAGUGCCGGCUCAACCUGCUGCCGACGCCCUCCAAGUCGCAUUACACGUUCAAUCUGCGAGAUUUCUCCAGAGUCAUCCUGGGUGUUCUUCUAUCCGUGCCAGAAGUAACUCCCGACCUGCAAUCCAUCAAACGGCUUUGGGUACACGAGUGCUUACGCGUGUUCUCCGACCGCCUGGUGGAAGAGCGCGAUAGGCAAUGGCUCGUCACGUGCUUACGGGAAGCUACCAAGAAUAACUUGAAUGAUGACUUCGAUAAAAUGCUCUCAAGAUUGCUCACGAAUCCUAAUGAAAAGAUAACAGAUCUGCAUCUUCGCAACCUGAUAUAUUGCGAUUUCGCCAACCCAAAAGUGGACACGAGAUUUUAUAUGGAGACAACAAAUAUGGAACACUUGAAUUCGACCGUCGACGCUUUCCUCGUCGAGUUCAAUAAUAUGUCCAAAAAACCUAUGAACCUUGUGCUUUUCAGGUUCGCGAUCGAGCACGUGUCGCGUAUCUGCCGCGUGCUCACACAGCCGCGGUCGCACGCGCUGCUCGUGGGGCUCGGCGGCUCGGGCAGACAGUCGCUCACACGUCUCGCCGCGCACAUCAACGAGUACGAUCUGUUUCAGGUGGAAAUGAGUCGAACAUACGGUAAAACAGAAUGGAGGGAGGACUUGAAAACGCUCCUGCGGAAAUCUAGCACUCCAGACUUACACAUGGUGUUCUUGUUUAUUGAAUCACAGAUUAAAGAAGAAGGUUUCUUGGAAGAUGUGAACAAUAUGUUGAAUUCAGGUGAAGUACCGAAUAUAUUUGGAGCGGACGAAAAGGCAGAAUUGUGCGAAAAAAUGAGAGUGAUAGACCGACAGCGCGACAAGUCGCUGCAGACGGACGGCAGCCCGACGGCGCUGUACGCCUACUUUGUGUCGAUCGUGCGCGACCAGCUGCACAUCGUGCUGGCCAUGUCGCCCGCCGGCACCUCGCUGCGCACGCGCAUCCGCAAGUUCCCCUCGCUGGUCAACUGCUGCACUAUCGACUGGUUCCAGGAAUGGCCUCCAGACGCGUUGCUCGCAGUGGCCACCCGUUUCUUGAAAGACGUAGAACUGACAGACCUCGAGCGAGAAACUGCCAUCAAGCUUUGCCAGAUAUUCCAUACAGACACACAGGAGCUUACGAGGGAGUUUCUGUUGAGAUUAAAACGAUACAACUACGUCACACCCACGGCGUACUUGGAACUCAUUAAUAUGUUCAAAUCGCUGCUGGGGAAAAAGAGGACAGAGUUAUUAACAGGCGAAAAGCGCUACAUUACCGGUUUAGAUCAAUUAGCAAUAGCUGCAAAAUCGGUAGCAGCUUUACAACAAGCGUUGGAAGUGCUGCAGCCAAAAUUAGCAGCUGGAGCAGCGGCGGUCGCUGAAACAACAGCUAAAGUGGAGAAGGAGAAGGAAGGUGUCGCUUUAGUUGAAGCUGAAGUGCUGAUGGAUCAAGCUGCUGCUGAGGAACAGGCUCGUGAAGCGCAAGGCAUAAAGGACGAGUGUGAUGCUGACCUAGCGGAGGCAAUGCCGAUCCUAAAUAGUGCACUCGCAGCACUCGAUACGCUAACUCCGCAAGACAUUACAUUCAUUAAGACUAUGAAGAGUCCGCCGAGAGGCAUCAAACUGGUGAUGGAAGCCAUUUGUAUACUCAAGGAAGUGAAACCGGACAAAAUACCAAAUCCAUCGGGCGUGGGUACAAUAGAAGACUACUGGGGGCCGUCAAAGAAACUGCUCAAUGACAUACGAUUUCUGGAAUCUCUACAAAACUAUGAUAAGGACAAUAUUCCUCCACCAGUAAUGAAGAAGCUAAUGGCCACUGUGAUGCAAGACGAUGGUUUUGUGCCAGAGAAAAUCAGAGCCGUGUCUGUAGCUGCUGAGGGUAUGUGCAAGUGGGUGAUAGCGAUGACGAAGUACGACAAGGUGGCGAAGGUGGUGGCGCCGAAGAAGCAGCGGCUCGCGGCCGCGCAGGCCGUGUACGAUAAGGCGAUGGCCGCGUUGGCGGUCAAACAGGCGCAGUUGAGGGAGGUGCAAGAUAAAUUAGCGAAGCUAGAAGAAGCGCUAUCCGAGCAAAGCCGUCAACAAAAGAUGUUGGACGACGAAGUAAUGGACUGUAGCAACAAAUUGAAACGAGCUGAAAUGCUCAUAUCUGGUCUUGGUGGGGAGAAAACUAGAUGGACACAAAUCGCCAAAAAUCUACGUGAUACAUAUAAUUCACUUACAGGUGAUAUAUUAAUUGCCGCUGGUGUUAUCGCGUAUUUGGGACCGUUUACUGCCGCUUUUAGGCACGAACAGGUAACAAAGUGGGCCCGCGCGUGUCACGAGUGUGGCAUCGUGUGCACGCUCAACUUCAGCCUCAUUAAGGUGCUGGGCGAGCCCGUCACUAUCCAGCAGUGGAAUAUAGAUGGCCUGCCCUCUGAUGACUUUAGUGUGGAGAGCGCUAUUAUCAUCAUGAAUGCUCGUCGCUGGCCUCUCAUGAUUGAUCCACAAGGACAGGCAAACAGAUGGAUUAAAAAUAUGGAGAAGCCUAACAACUUGUGUGUUGUAAGAAUGACUCAAGCAGACUUGGGACGAGUGCUGGAAAAUGCUGUCCAGUUUGGACAACCGGUGUUAUUGGAGAAUGUUCUAGAAGAACUGGAUCCGAUGUUGGAACCCUUGCUACAGCAGCAAACAUUCCGACAGGGAGGCGCACUAUGUAUUAAAAUUGGGGACACGAUUGUUGAAUAUAGCAAAGAAUUUAAGCUCUACAUCAGCACGAAGCUAGCAAACCCGCACUACUUGCCCGAAGUUGGCGUGCGAGUGACUCUAGUGAACUUCAUGCUAGCUAAGGACGGUUUACAAGCACAGUUACUGGCGCGAGUGGUAGCACGUGAGAGACCAGAUCUCCAACAGGCAAAGGCGGACUUAACUACACAAGGUGCAGAACAUAGAAGAUUGCUACAGGAGAUUGAGAAGAAGAUCCUGAAUGUACUGUCCACGUCGGAGCACUUGCUGGAAGAUGAAGAGGCUGUACAGAUUCUAAACUCGGCGAAGGACACGUCGAACGAAAUCAAAGAGAAGCAAGAGGUUGCGAUGAUUACGGAGAAGGCGAUCGAUACGGCGCGAGACGAUUACGUACCGAUCGCUGUGCAUUCCACCAAUCUGUUCUUCCUUAUAGCAUCCCUAUCGAACAUCGACCCCAUGUACCAAUACUCGCUGGGCUGGUUCGAGGGGCUGUUCACCAGCUCCAUUGACAAUACAGAGAAGGUGGAAGAGAUUCCUGAGCGGUUGGCUAUACUACGGGCGCAUUUUACGUACUCGCUAUAUGCUAAUAUCUGCAGGAGUUUGUUCGAAAAGGACAAGAUAGUAUUCUCGCUCUUGUUAACGAUCACGAUAAUGGUGGCCGAAGGGCGUUUAGAGCGCAGCAACGUGAUGUUCCUAUUGAGUGGAGCACAACCGCGGCACGUGCGACCCAACCCUGUUUCGUUUCUCAGUCCACAGGCCUGGGGGGAUUUUAACUCUUUGAACGAAAUGGACGACUUCCACGGCAUCCUGGACCACUUCCUAGCUAACAUUCCCAAGUGGGAGGCGUACUGUGACACGCCUGAUCCGCACAACCAGCCGCUACCAGAGCCCUGGAACACGAAGUUGGGCAUGUUUCAGAAAAUGAUGGUCCUGCGAUGCAUGCGUUUCGACAUGAUGGUGCCGGCUGUGCAAAACUUUGCUGAAGCACAAAUGGGGCGGCAGUUCGUGGAGCCGCCGCUGUUCGACCUGGCGUCGUCGUACGCGGACUCGCACUGCUGCAUCCCGCUGCUGUUCGUGCUCACGCCCGGCUCCGACCCCAUGGGCACGCUGCUCAAGUUCGCUGACGACCAGGGUUUCGGUUCGUCCCGCCUGUUCUCCCUGUCCCUGGGCCAGGGGCAGGGCCCGAUCGCGGUGAAGCUGAUCGACGAGGGCGUGCGCAGCGGCACGUGGGUCGUGCUGCAGAACUGCCACCUCGCCAAGAGCUGGAUGCCGAUGUUGGAGAAGAUUUGUGAAGGAUUGACACCAGACUCGACGCAUCCCGACUUUAGAUUGUGGCUUACCUCAUACCCAGCGGACCACUUCCCCGUAUAUGUUUUACAAAAUGGAGUCAAAAUGACGAAUGAACCUCCGCAAGGCCUCCGCGCGAACAUAGCGCGCUCGUACCAGAGCGACCCGAUCAACGACCCCGAGUGGUUCGAGGGCAACAAGCAGACGGAGACGUUCAAGAAGCUGCUGUUCGCGCUGUGCUUCUUCCACGCGGUGGUGCAGGAGCGCCGCCAGUUCGGCCCGCUCGGCUGGAACAUCCGCUACGAGUUCAACGAGACCGACCUGCGCAUCAGCGUCACGCAGCUCUACAUGUUCCUCAACGAGUACGACGAUGUGCAAUUCGUUGCGCUGCGCUACCUGACGGGCGAGUGCAACUACGGCGGGCGCGUGACGGACGACUGGGACCGGCGCUGUCUCAAUACUAUACUGUACAAGUUUUAUAACCCUCGUGCUAUUGAAGAAGACAAGUAUCCUUUGGAUCCUACUGGUAUAUACCACAUCCCAACACUACGCGAGCACGCGGACUUCAUCGCGUUCGCGCGUUCGCUGCCGGUGGCCACGCCGCCGUCCGUGUUCGGCUUCCACUCGAACGCGGACAUUACUAAGCACUUCCGCGAGGCUGAGGAGCUGCUCGGCACCGCUGUGCUCACGCAGGAUCGUACGGAUCUCCUCAAAGAAUACUUGGACACUAUGGCAGCGGGCGGAGCGGGAGCUACUCCCGAACAACAAGCGAUGGCCAUAGCAGAAGAUGUGCUAGCCCGCUUACCGGCACAGAUACUAACUGGUCCAUCCCAUGAGGGUGAUAUCAAACCCGCGGAUAUGACGCCAAUGUCGAUAGUGGUGAUACAAGAGGCGGCAAGGUAUGAGAGACUAGUGAACGUGGUGAGGAGCAGCUCCAGGGCUGUGAUUGGAGCUGUGCAAGGUGUGAGCGUCCUAAACGAUAUAACGGAGGAAGUGUUAACGAGCAUGGUGCGCGGUCGCAUCCCGGCGCUGUGGGCCGGCAAGAGCUACCCCUCGCUGAAACCGCUGGCCGCGUACUUUGACGAUCUGCUGGCUAGGCUGCAGUUCUUGCAACACUGGCACCAGCACGGGCCGCCGGUGGUGUUCUGGCUGUCGGGCUUCUACUUCCCGCAGGCGUUCCUCACCGCCGCGCAGCAGAGCUACGCGCGCAAGUACCGCAUUCCCAUCGACCAGCUGGCCUUCCACUAUGAGGUCCAACGCACAUUCACGCUGGAGGAGCCGCCGGAGGAGGGCGUGUACAUCCGCGGGCUGUUCAUGGAGGGCGCGCGAUGGAACAUGGACGACUACUGCGUGGACGAGUCGCACCCCACCGUGCUUUACGAUGAGUUCCCGCCGGUGUGGUUGAUCCCAUUAAAGCGGGAGGACAUCCCACAAGCGGUGUUCUACAACUGCCCGCUGUACAAGACGGGCGACCGGCGCGGCGUGCUGUCCACCACGGGCCACUCCACCAACUACAUACUGUUCAUGCGCCUGCCCACUGUGCACCCGCCCGAUCAUUGGAUCAUGCGCGGCGUGGCCUUGCUCACACAGCUGCCAUUCUAAAUUUAUAGAUAUAAAUUAUACAUGUUCUUAUGAUACAUUUGUCGAAAAAAAAGAAAACAGAAAAAAUUUAGAAUAUUAAAUCAAUCAAACAGGGUCCACACAGAGCGAGCGGCCUCGCGACGAAGUUGCUGCGCAUGAUAAUAGUCACAUAGCUAGCGCGGCAGCCUCUUUUGUAUCGCUUCUGCGCAAACAGUCCGAGUUAUUUGAUCUUUCGAAUAGGUAGGAGGCCAGGGUUAGCGCAGCAAAUGAUUGAGCACAAUAAAUAAAAUCGGUCAAGUGUGAGUUAGACUCGCGACACUAAGAGGUCCCUAGAAAUAAGCCAAAGAAGAAGCAACUGCAAAAAAUGGUCAUCCAAUACAAUAUAUGACCGCGCCAAUCGUCGCUUUACUUCGGUUCCGUUCUGUAACUUGUUAUUAUAGCGACAAUAUAAAUUCAUGAAUUCUGAAAACUCCAACUGCCUUACUAUCACAUUCAUAAGAUAUACCCUCGUGACAGACAGACGGACAUCGAAUUAUCAGUUAUAAAACGGACCCCCGUUUUACUCUUUAAGAACGGAACCCUUAAACCGACAUUCGUGAUUCGGCCAAGCGACUCAUGAGUGAUGGCACACGCACUCUUUGCUUCUCGGCCGAGUCACGUGGACCCACCUACACAAAAGAAUGGUGGCAUAUUCG